AUGAACGGUCAUCCUCGACCUAUCUCAUCCGUAUUUCGUUAUAUGGUCGGUUAUGUUGUUCAAGAUGAUAUUUUCAGUGGAACACUGACUGUACGUGAAAAUCUUCUUUUCUCAGCUAAUCUUCGUCUACCACAAUCAGUCACAGUUGGAGAACGAUUGGAACGAGUGGACAAAAUCAUUGAGCAGCUCGGCUUGAGUGAAUGUGCUAACACGCGCAUGGGGACCGAGUCUAAACGUGGGAUAUCAGGUGGAGAAAGAAAACGAACUUGUAUUGCUAUGGAAAUGGUUCUAUCACCGAUUAUUCUAUUUCUUGAUGAGCCCACCACAGGCCUUGAUGCAGCAACAGCCUGCAAUGUCAUCAAGUGUCUCCAUGAUCUUUCGCGAAAGGGAUGUACGAUUGUCUUUUCGAUUCAUCAACCACGUUACUCGAUCUUCGAGUUGUUCGAUACUCUUCUACUGAUGUCACACGGUCGUAUUGUUUAUCUUGGUUUGUCUACUGAUAUGUUAUCGUACUUCGAUAAACAAGGAUUGCUGUGUAAGGAACAUGAUAAUCCAGCAGAUUUUGCACUGGAUAUUCUUACUGAAGAAACCGAUGAUUCUACGACCAAAGAUCUCUACGAGAAUUAUCUUCGUUCACCGAUGCAUAUUUCAACUCUUGCUGUCUCCCUCAAUCGAUCAUUCACCUCCGAAGUUCCCAGAAUAGUACAACGAGGUCGGUCAUUCGCUUGCCAGUUUCUCUACGUUUCUCAGCGGAUUCUGCGCAACGCUCGACGUAAUUGGCAACCAUACUUUUGGCAAAAUAUUUGUGCUGUCCUUCUUGGUUUACUCACUGGUCUUCUCUAUUACAAAACGCCUCAAACUAGCGGUUCAAGCGUGAAAAAUCGUUUAGGAUGCAUUUUCUUCGUCGUUGCCAAUCAGAUUUUUAGCACUGCCACAGCACUCGAACCAUUCAUUAAGGAACGUGCUUUGUUUAUUCACGAAUAUGUUAGUGGUUACUACAGUAGAUCGAUCAAACAUGCGGAAGAAUUGUGUAAUAAAUUACGUGGCUCUGCAGCUACCAUACGAGCGCUCCAUUUUGAUCGUGAUAAUUCAGAUAUUGAAAAACAAUUGCAGUUCAUUCAACCUGAUUUAAUAGUCGAUGCGAGUGGUCCAUUUCAAUCUUAUGCAAAAGAUCCUUAUCGAGUGAUAAAAGCAUGUUUGACAACAUCAAUCAAUUAUCUCGAUUUCGCUGACGGAUCAACUUUCGUUCAAGGUGUCACUCAGUUCAAUGCACAAGCCAAGGCGAACAAUAUCUACAUACUUUCUGGUGUCAGCACCUGCCCUCUAUUGACUGCUGCGGUAGUUCGACGUUUAGCAAAAGGACUGACGAGAAUACAUUCGAUCAAAGGUGGCAUCGCACCAUCGCCGUAUGCUGACGUCGGAUUGAAUGUUAUUCGUGCAAUUUCAAGUUACUCAGGUCAACGUGUGACUUUGGUUCGCAGGGGUCAGCUAACAUUUAGUUAUGCAAUGACAGAGACGAUGCGUUACACGAUAUGUCCACCUGGUCAUCUUCCCUUAUCCAAUCGUCGGUUUUCCUUAGUGGAUGUACCUGACCUUAAGAUCUUACCUGAUUUGUGGCCAAAUCUCGAUUCAAUCUGGAUCGGUGCAGGAACAGUGCCAGAAAUUUUACACCGUAUUCUCAAUGGUCUUGCAUGGCUGGUUCGAUGGCGGUUAAUUCCUAGUUUGACACCAUUUGCAUCAUUGUUUCAUUGGACAAUGAAUCUAGUACGUUGGGGUGAGCACCGUGGCGGAAUGUUUAUCUCGAUCGAAGGAAGCGAUAGAGAGGGUCAAAAACAAGAACGAUCAUGGCAUCUGUUAGCUGAAGGCGAUGCGGGUCCGUUUAUUCCUUCGAUGGGAAUUGAAGCAAUUGUUCGUCGCAUAUUAGAUGGUAAAAAGCCGGCAAGUGGUGCACGAGCUGCCACUAUGGAUCUCGAACUCGAUGAUUACGAAAGAAUAUUUCAAAAUCAUACUAUUUACACUGGACAAUGUGACUCAAUAAAAACAAACAGUUCUUCCGAGUCACCAUCUCUCUAUCAACAAUUGCUCGGUCAAGCAUGGAAUCAUCUACCACAGUCCUUGCAAACGUUGCAUAGUAAGAAAAUUGUCAAAGUGGCUGGUGUUGCUCAAGUUGAACGAGGCGCUAGUAUCGUAUCUCGAUGCGUUGCGACGUUAGUUGGCUUUCCCAAAUCAGGAAAGAAUGUACCAGUUCAAGUCGUGUUUCAGCGAGAGACAAAUGGUGAAUUGUGGACUCGGAGUUUUGCGAAAAAAUCAUUUUCUAGUUGGCAAAUGAAAGGUUCUGGUCAUUCGGACAGGUUGUUAAUGGAACGAUUCGGACCGUUUACUUUUGGUCUGGCUUUAGUAACCACUCCUGGAAAAUUGCAUUUAAUUGUACGUAGUUGGACUCUAUUUGGCAUUCGACUACCAGCAUUUUUAGCACCAUAUGGAGACUCAUAUGAAUGUGAUCAUGAUGGUCGAUUUUGUUUUCAUGUCGAAAUCAAACAUAUACUAACAGGAUUAAUUGUACGAUAUCAUGGAUGGCUGGUGCCAAACGUCUAG